CUGACCAGCCUCGCGCUCUCUGCACAUCAACUCCACGCGGCUGCUGCUGCUGCUGCUGCUGCACGCCCUUUGAAACAGCGAGGAGGUGGAGAAGGAGACGAAGAAGGAAAAGAAGAGGGGGAAAACCGGCAGGACUCGCGCGGAGAGACGGCUCACCGGAGGAAGAGGGACUGGAGGAGGAGAAGGAGGAUGAGCCUCCGUUGUCAUCCUCGCGCGCAGCACGGGGAGACAUAGGACAUUGUCUUUUGGACACUUUCCACGGACACGAGCUGCUUUACCUCCUCAGAGAGAGAGUAGGAUUGUGUCUUGGCACCGCCCCCCCCCCCACCGCCUCCACAGCCAGGUGUUGCAUUCAAGCGCGAGCCCCUCGUGUCGAUGGAGAGGCACAAGGAGGGUUGAUCCGCGCUGCGGAGCUCGCGCACUCUCCUCUGAUCCUGUCCGCGAGCCUCUCGAGCAACAACAAGUUGAUGAUUUUUCAUCUUCCUCUGGCUCCUGACCGCGUUUAGAGACACGGAGGCUGUGACCGGAUUCUUCUUUCUUUGGGCUGCUGACCUCACCGGAUUUGUCUUUCUGUGGCAUCCCUGAUGAACGAUACAGAAAACGGGAAUUAACGUGAUUUGUGCUUUAUUUUUUUUGGCUCUGCAGCUGCACGCGCAAAUAGGGAAAGGAUGGCAAAGUGAGCGGACCCAGCUGUGCCAGACGCGCGAGCCAUUUUUGGGUUAAAAUUGAAAGAGCACAUUUUCCCGAAAGCAGCUGCCUGACAUCGCGUGCACCCCGAGCCUCGCGCAGUGUUUUUGACGGAUCCAGGCUUUCCGUGGCGCCGCGGCACCCUGAUGGUGCGGACUGUCGGCGCACGGUGGCUCGAGCUGCCGCUUGGACACAAAGCCCGGUGAUUUUUAGCCUUCAGCACGGAGACACGGUGCAUGAUGAUGAUGAUGGUGAUGAUGAUGAUGAUACGCGGUUAAUCCGGGAGAUGCUUUUCUACUCGAGUCGGAUUUAUGUUGCUUUUCUUCGCGUUACGAUGACCUCCAACCGCGCUUUACCCUGUGCCGUGCUCGCCGCAGCCCGAGAGAGAAGCACGCACCCCCGGUUCGAUGCGCACGAGAGGACGUCGUCUCCCCAAAAUCGCUGAGCUAACUCACAACCGGGAAGGGAGGGAUCAUUCUAACCGACACAACCGAUAAGGAGGAGAAAACAACAACAACAACAACAUCAGCAGCAACAAGCGGCAGCAGUGAUGGAGCUGUCCGAGGUCCGGUGCUCCAGCGCGAGCGAGGAGCUGUACACCAUCAACAAGACCCCGAGCAGCAGCAACAACAGCAACAGCAGCGGCAGCGCGCGACCCAAACGGCUGCUGUGGCAGGACGCGGUGCGGCACAUCACCGAGCAGCGGUUCAUCCACGAGCAGGGCGGGGGAGGCGGAGGGGUGAAGGGCAUCGGGCCGGACGAGCCCUUCGACCCGAGCCAGGACGCGCGGAAGCAGUCGGCGGGGCGGACGUCGGUGGGAGACCGGCACAACAACGGCGGGACCAAGGUGUUCCCGGAGCGCGCCAGCAGCGACUUGGGCUUCCUGCAGAUCGACUGCGCGCCGAGCAACUCCGACUUCUUCCUGAACUGGGGCUACACGUACCGGGGCGUCAUCUUCCCCACGCUGCGGAACGCCUUCAAGUCCCGCGACUUGGAGCGGCUCUACCAGCGUUACUUUCUGGGCCAGAGGCGCAAAUCUGUGGUGGUGAUGAACAUCCUGGACGUGGUGACCAAGCUCACCCUGCUGGUGCUGCACCUCACCCUGGCCUCCUCCCCGAUGGACCCGAUCAAAGGGACCCUGCUGGGCUUCUUCACGGGCAUCGAAGUCGUCAUUUGUGCCUUAGUGGUGGUGCGGAAGGACACCACGUCGCACAGCUACCUGCAGUACAGCGGCGUGGUCACCUGGGUGGCCAUGGCCACGCAGAUCCUGGCGGCCGGGCUGGGCUACGGGCUGCUGGGUGACGGGGUGGGGUACGUGCUCUUCACCCUGUUCGCCACCUACAGCAUGCUGCCGCUGCCGCUCACCUGGGCCAUCCUGGCCGGCCUCUUCACCUCGGGGCUCCACAUCCUGGUCCAGCUGCUCAUCUCCCAGAAUGCACAGCUCUCUACCAACCAGGUAGCAGCUCAGGCUGUGCUGUUCAUGUGUAUGAACACUGCGGGGAUAUUCAUCAGUUACCUGUCAGACCGGGCUCAGCGUCAGGCCUUCCUGGAGACGCGGCGCUGCAUCGAGGCUCGGCUGCGACUCGAGACAGAGAACCAGAGACAGGAGAGACUGGUUUUAUCGGUCCUGCCACGUUUUGUAGUUUUGGAAAUGAUCAACGACAUGACAAAUGUAGAGGACGAACACCUCCAGCAUCAGUUUCACAGAAUCUACAUCCACCGCUAUGAGAAUGUCAGCAUUCUUUUCGCAGAUGUUAAAGGCUUCACAAACCUCUCCACAACGCUGUCAGCGCAGGAGCUGGUGCGAAUGUUGAAUGAACUCUUUGCACGCUUUGACCGCCUCGCACACGAAAACCACUGUCUACGAAUAAAGAUCCUGGGAGACUGUUACUACUGUGUGUCUGGUCUACCUGAGCCCAGGCAGGACCACGCCCACUGCUGUGUGGAGAUGGGCCUCAGUAUGAUCAAAACCAUCAGAUAUGUGAGAUCACGUACGAAACACGACAUCGACAUGCGUAUUGGGAUCCACUCAGGUUCUGUGCUGUGUGGAGUUUUGGGACUCAGGAAGUGGCAGUUUGACGUCUGGUCCUGGGACGUGGACAUCGCCAACAAACUGGAGUCUGGAGGGAUCCCAGGGAGGAUUCACAUCUCCAAAGCAGCUUUAGACUGUUUGAACGGUGACUACGAGGUGGAGGAGGGCCACGGGAAGGACCGCAACGACUUCCUCCGCCGCCACAACAUCGAGACGUACCUCAUCAAGCAGCCGGAGGAGAGUAUGCUCACCCUGCCGGAGGACAUCAUGAAGGAGGCAGCCAGUUCGGCCGACCGCCGGGCCAGCAGCACCACCUUCAACGAAGCGUCCUGGAGCCCUGAGCUUCCCUUCGACAACAUUGUGGGGAAGCAGAACACUCUGGCUGCCCUAACGAGAAAUUCGAUAAAUCUGCUUCCAAACCAUCUCGCACAAGCUUUGCAUGUCCACUCUGGUCCUGAGGAAAUUAACAAGCGAAUAGAGAGCGCCAUCGACUUACGGAGUGGCGAUAAGUUGAGAAGAGAGCAUAUCAAGCCUUUCUCACUGAUGUUUAAAGACUCCAGCCUGGAAGAGAAGUACUCCCAGAUGAGGGACGAGGUGUUCAAGUCCAACCUGGUGUGCGCCUUCAUCGUGCUCAUCUUCAUCACCACCAUCCAAAGCCUGCUUCCCUCCGCCAGGAUGAUAACCAUGGUGAUCCAGUUCUCAGUCCUCAUCGUCCUCCAUUCCUGUCUGGUCCUAGUUACGACAGCGGAGGACUACAAAUGUCUGCCUCUGGUCCUGCGCAAAGCCUGCUGCUGGAUCAACGAGACGUACGCAGCGCGAAACGUCAUCAUCUUCGUCUCAAUCCUCAUCAACUUUCUGGCAGCCAUGAUCAAUAUACUGUGGUGCGACUUCGACAAGUCCAGCACCUUCAGGAACCAGACGUACAACGAAUCGGCCUCCAUCCCAGACAUCUGCUUCUACCCAGAGUAUUUUGUGUUCACGGGGGUCCUGGCGAUGGUGACGUGUGCGGUGUUCCUACGGCUGAACUCGGUAUUGAAGUUGGCAGUGCUGCUGGUGAUGAUCGCCAUCUACUCACUGCUGACCGAAGCCUUCUACACCUCGCUGUUUGUUCGCUACGACACCGUCCACCACAACACAGAAAAUUUCCUGGGGACCAAAGAGACGUCUUUGCUCCUGAUGGCUAUGUUCCUCCUCGCUGUGUUUUACCAUGGGCAGCAGCUGGAGUACACGGCCCGGCUUGACUUCCUGUGGCGUGUCCAGGCCAAAGAGGAGAUCAACGAGAUGAAGGAGCUGCGAGAACACAACGAGAACAUGCUGAGGAACAUCCUGCCCAGCCACGUAGCCCGCCACUUCCUGGAGAAGGACCGGGACAACGAGGAGCUGUACUCCCAGUCCUACGACGCAGUGGGCGUGAUGUUCGCAUCCAUCCCGGGCUUCGCUGACUUCUAUUCCCAGACUGAGAUGAAUAACCAGGGAGUCGAGUGCCUCAGGCUCCUCAACGAAAUUAUUGCAGACUUUGACGAGUUACUCGGUGAGGAUCGUUUCCAGGACAUCGAGAAGAUCAAGACAAUUGGCAGCACCUACAUGGCUGUCUCUGGCCUGUCGCCUGAAAAACAGCAAUGUGAAGAUAAAUGGGGUCACCUGUGUGCGUUGGCUGAUUUCGCCAUCGCGCUCAACGAGAGCAUCCAGGAGAUCAACAAGCACUCGUUCAACAACUUUGAGCUGAGGAUUGGUAUGGCCCACGGCUCAGUGGUGGCAGGUGUGAUCGGUGCCAAGAAGCCACAGUACGACAUCUGGGGGAAGACGGUGAACCUGGCCAGCCGGAUGGACAGCACAGGGGUCAGUGGCAAGAUCCAGGUACCCGAGGAGACCUACCUGAUCCUGAAGGAGCGCGGCUUUGCCUUUGAGUACCGCGGCGAGAUCUACGUGAAGGGCAUCAGCGAGCAGGAGGGCAAGAUCCGAACGCACUUCUUGCUGGGCCGCGUGCAGCCCAACCCGCUCAUCCUGCAGCCACGCAAAAUCACCGGCCAGUACUCGCUGGCAGCCGUUGUGCUCGGCCUGGUGCAGUCGCUCAACAGGCAGAAGCAAAAGCAGAUCCUCAACGAGAACAACAACUCGGGCAUCAUGAAGGGCCACCACCACUACAACCGGAGGACGUUGUUAGCGCCCGGUAGCUCCGAGGUGGGAGGGGGUCAUCACACGGAAGCAGCUGAUAAGACUGAGCUGUCCUGAAGAGCAGACUGGAGUUUCAGUUCCACACAGGCAGAGCUGCUCUUCAGGCAAAAACAAUCCCAGGGGUUGAGUUAAACUUCAGUGGGUGCAGCUUUCCAGCUACGUAACAUUAAAGCAGGUGGAAGUUCUUUAGGAGUCAUAGCAACUUUAGCAUUCCAGUACUGAAAGCUUCACCCGGUUCCAGAUGUCUGAGUGGCAGCACAGAAUAUCUCUGAGUUCAAGUUGAUCUGGUGUUGUGCUCAUUGACCUCUGUUUCCCCAGUAGGAACAACAGCUCUGUAGGCAGGGCUAAUAAAAGGAACAUCGUGUUCCUGUAUCAGAACCAGGAAUCUAUUUCAGACAGAAAUGACAAAAGUGAGGAUGACAUUGAUGCUUUGACAAGUCCUUUAACAUUUAGGGCUGACUAGUAACGACUUAUACUUGUGUGUCAGCUCUAUGCAGAGCCUACGCCUACACUACACUGUUGUGUGCAUUUAUAAUUGUGCAGUGGCGUGUCAGUGUCACUCUGCAGUCACACCUUUAAAACACUAGUUGGUGAUGGGGUUUCUGUAAAGUUCUGUUGAGUUGAGUUGAUUCAAAACACACAUUAAACACAGAUUAAACAUGGCUUUAUAGCAACAAUUUCAAACACAAAUCAGCUUCACUAUAACCUGCAGCAUUCACAGAAAAAGUUGUUCCCACAUACACAACUUGCUAAUGUCUACAUUGUAUAAAUUAGCGAGAAUAAAGUUUUGGUUAUCUUGAAUUCCAUUUAUGAUAUCUGUAAUGUAAGAACAGUUGCAAAUAGUAAGAAAUGAAUUACUGAUAUCAACAACUGAUAUUUCAGUUGGAGAGAACUGAGUUAUAUAUCUCAUUAAUUAGACCUGCAACUAGUCAAAAUUACAUUAUUGAUAUGUUGGCUUGGAAUCAUUACACAGUGUCGUAACUGGAUGUGAUGUGAGCUAACGUUUUGAGCUGACCUUUUGUCAGACACCCUGUUUGUAUUUUAAUUCUGUCAAUUGUGUUGAAAGCACUGCAAUGGACAAGGAACCGCUAAUCCAUGAUGGUUAAAUGAGGAGUGAACUACAGGAUACCUUAUUAUUUCACUACCAAACCGAUAAGUUGGCAUCUGGCUGGAGGGAGAUCAUCAAGCAGAUGAACGUUUCUGCUUAUAAUUGUGUGGGAUGCUAGCAAGCUAGCUCUUUUUACAAAGUAGAGAUGGUAGUAUGAUAUAGUUUGGAAGCUACAACAAUGAUAUCUUCAAGUUACCUGCAAUAGUAUUACUGUGAAUAUGCAUAAGAAGGAGGUACAUCCUCACCCGUCUCUUCAGUGGUUACUCUGAGGCCACAGCUGCCAUGGUUUGUUUACAUGACGUGAUGAAGUUCAAUAUUUAACGUAUUCAGUUUGGACAGAGAGCGCUCGAUGUAAUGCGAUGCAGAGCGAUCGUCUGACACUCACAUCCAGUUAGGAUGCCAUGUAACAGGUCAAAAUUGAAUAGUUGAUAUCUGGGACUGAGUCUGAAUAGAAGUCAGUGGUGAAAGUUGACAAACUGUAUUUAAGUUACAGAUAUCUACAAUGAAAAUUUCCACUAGUAAGAAACUGUUGAUUGUUGAUAUCAAGAAUUAACAUUUUGACUACCUUCUCUGAUUAACAUUUGAGACGAGUGAGACUUGUAGAUAGCUUUAAUUAAAAUUCCCACUCGUCAAAAUCACAUUAUGGAUUUGUUGAUUUGAAAUUCUUACUAGUCAAAAAGCAAUUGUUGAUAUCCACAUUUGCUAUCACCACCUCUGAUUAAAUUAAGUCAAAGGGCUUGUCAUAAUGCGCCUUCUAUUUCAACUGACAGUGGUGUAGACGAGAUAAAUACAUUCGUCGCUCCUUGUCAGGGUAAAAUGGAAUCCAUUAUUAGGUUCCAGCAAACCCUCUGUUCUUAAUGCUUUAAUCAUGGUUCUACAAAGGUAUUCGUAAACAUUGCCACCAGUCUGCACAGAGAAAGGGUUUUGUGGGCUGCAGAGGUUUGCAGAGGACGAGUACGUCUCCCAAAUCCUAAGACUUCGGGCCCAUUUUACAAAAGCAGUUUGUGAGAGCUGCUUCCACACAGUUUGCAAAUGGCGGUGGCGUGGAUGGCAAAUUGCAGCUCAAUUUGUGAAUCCUUUAGAGCUCUAAUAUGCUCAUGCAUGAGUCAUAAGUAUGGUGUUUGUUUGGUGUGAUUAACGAUGCAAAUUGCAGCUUGCAUAUUGCAAAUUAGGUCAAUCAAGCCCCUGAGCAUUAAACAAGCUGAUUGGAUGAUCCAACUCCUGUUGCGACAUAAUGGACAAGAAUACACUGAAGUAAUCUGUAUAUAGAUAAAACAAACAACCACACGUCUCCCUGUACGUUCAGCUACGUGCAACCCAAAGAAGCACAUUCUAGCUUUGGGGAACUAUCAGCGCGAUAGAGCCAUGUUUGAAUGUGUGGGUCCCAGUUUUGUUUGUUCUUGGAUGUACAUGCAUGCAGGUGGCAAAAUUAAGUCCAAAGGAACAGCGUCAGGCUUUGAAGCCAAUUUUACGUUGUGGCCAAAGUAGAAUUACAACGUCUGGAUCCAUCACGUGAUGCCAUUGCGCCCAAAAAGACUUUUCCCAUAGACUUACGUUGUGAAAGAGACAUCUGCAAAUCAGUGGAUACCUUUUUUUGAGUGUCACAAACCCCACAAAAUGACUUGUUUCACCAUCAGAGUUUGCUCCAUUCGGUCUGAUAACUUUCCAAAAGUCCAGAAGAACCGAAUGAUUAAAUUACUUUAACCACAUUAUGUUAGCAGAGAGCUACACAGGAAGUUAGCCACAUAGCCGGCUAAGUCUCUGUUGCACUUGCUCUAUCAGCCCCACAGUGUGGAAGAUCUGGGUAAUUUCACACCCAGGAAGUCGAACAGUUUUGGCUUUAUGCACCACUAAGUAACUUUUAUAAGAAUGAACGGAGCAACGCCUCCAGCGCUGUGUCCAGUUCCCUUUAUACGUCCAUGGACAAGACACAUUCUUGCAAAUGGUGUUGCACUAUUCCACUUUUGUACAAGUGGCAGUAAUGUACCAAGAAACACAGCAAUGUAACAACAAAGGAAAGGAAUAAUAAACUUUAAUUACUAUACAGCACCUUUUAAAAAAGCAGCAAAAGUGCUUUACAAUAAAGGAAUUAUAGUGCUUCACAAGACAGAAUUGAACAACAGGCCAACAAGGCAGGUAAAUAUAAAAGGACAUUUAAAUACAAUUUUAAAGCAAAAAAUAAGAUGAAAGAGAGUACCUGUACGGUAUCAUAGCCCAAUGUUAGCAAAACCAUCAAUCUUUAAAUCAUAAAAAUGUUAAAGCAUAAAUCAUAAAAUCAAGUAAGAUACAACAUUUUAAAAGAACUGCAGCCAUAUGAAGUGUAUAAGGAGAGAGUUUCAGGCCUGUAUCAGCAAAGUCACAACUAGUUAAAGGCUAGAGUGAAAAAAUACAUUUUUAGCUUUCCUUUUAAAAUAUUUAACAAAUUUGCUUUCCUUGAUAUCUGUAGGCAGUUUGGUUCAUAGCUUUGGGGUGCAAUUGAUAAAGGCAGCAUUCCUGAUUGUCUUUCAGCUGGUGCUGGGAACCUCCAGUAAACCAGCAGCAAAUAAUCUUAACGAGGGAGUUAGCAGUGAAAACCAAGGAAGAACCAAGACAUAAGAAUACCACAAGCUGCUGUUGAUAGAGGGCUGGGCGAUGUGGCUAAAAUAUAAUAUGGCAACAUUUUUAGGCCAUAUCACAGUACAUGAGAGACAUCUCAAUAUUUUGAAAUCUCCUGCUAACUACUGAAGACUAGUUACAAUAAAGUUAUAUGAAGUAGCUACUGUCAUAAUAAAGUGAAAGUACUGUUACUAUGAAUUCAAGUAAAAUACUGUUAGCAUAAAGUUAAGUAUUGAUAUAAUUGAAUAAAUCAAAGUGGAACCACUGAUGCUGAUAUUUUGAAGCACUCGACUCAUGUAGGGCAGGAAGAGUAAUGUUUUUGCUCUGAACUUGAGGCUUCUGGUCAAUAGUUAGAUGUUAGCAGUUAGCACAAAAUGAACCUGGUGCCACUGCGCUUUUAAAUGUGAGGAUUUAUUCAUUGUGAGCUGGAAACACACUAACAGCUCUCCAGCUUAUAUAUUAAUAGUAUUUGCAAGUCGCACUGGUGCUCCAUGGUUGUAAAAUGCUACUAAAUAGCCACGGUCUGGAGCCCUGCAGAUAAUAAAAAAUCCCAGUUCUUUAGUUCAUAUAUUAAUAAUAUUUGCAAGUUGCACUGGUGCUCCAUGGUCCGCAAAAUGAGACUAAAUAGUAGCGGCCUAGAGCCCUGCAGUAAGUUAAACUGUUGUUGUCGCUACGCCUUUAAACAUGAGGAUUUAUUCUCUGCAAGCUGGAAAUAAACUAAGAGUUCUUCAGUUCAUAUAUUAAAAAUAUUUGCAAGUUGCACUGGUGCUCCAUGGUAAAAAAAAAUUAGACUAAAUAGUAGUGGUCUGGAGCCCUGCAGAUACAGAAACACACUAUUGUUCAACUCAUUAGUUAAACUGUUACCGCACACCCUUAAAUAUGAGGAUUUAUUCGCUGUAACCUGGAAACACACUAACAGCUCUCUGGUUCAUAGAAUAAUAGUAUUUGCAAGUUGCAAUGGCGAUCCAUGGUCGCAAAAUUUGACUAAAUAGUUGAGAUCAGAAGCCCUGCAGGUAACAGUUACAAAAACAUAUGCCUCAUCUGCUCACACUGUCUUUAAAGUCGUCAAGUUAAACUGUUACUGUGGUGCGAUUUAAGAUUAUGAUUUAUUCGUUGUAAGAUAGAAAAACACUAACAGCUCCUCAGUUCAAAUAUUAAUAAUAUUUCAAGUCACACUGGUACUCCAUGGUCACAAACGUGACUUAAUAGUUGCAGUCUGGAGCCCUGCAGGUAACAGUGACAAAAGACCCAUGCCUCUGCUGCUCACACCAUCAUUAAACUCAUUAAGUUAAACUGUUGCUGCUACACUUUUACAUGUGAGGAUUUAUUCUCUGUAAGCUGGAAACACACUAACAGGUCUUCAGUCCAUACAUUAAUUAUAUUUUAAAGGCGAACUGGUGCUCCAUGGUUGCAAAAUGCAACCCUGCAGCCCUGCACAAAAACACCCGCCUCUCUUGCUCACACACUGUCGCUCAGGAAAAAGUGAUUUGGACGGGCGAAGGAGUGUGUGUCUGUGUGUGUUUGUGUGUGUGAGAGAGACGCAUCCUGUUUGUGAGUCUCUCCUUGUGUGUGUUUGUGAGAGUGAGAGAACUGAAAAUCCAAAGCAAGGCUGUUUGCGAUAUAGUCAUUUUGUACAUGGUAUGAGGAACAAGCCGAGAUACACUGAGUAUAUUUGAUGUAUCGCCCGCCCCUUUGUUGAUGUAAACAACACAGGUUCUAAAUUAAAGAGAAAUCAACCUUCCAUUUGAGCGUUUUAUGAGGAAGGAGUUUGUUAGACCUCAAGGUAACACUCAGUGUGUUCUGUUGAGAAACACUGAAUGUUAACAGAAACUUGUUUACAGGAAAACACAACCAGGUGAACGCAGGGUGUCGGGAAAGAAAAGUUGCUACUUAGUUAUUUCAGAUGAGUUGGUUGUUGAGAUCAGCUACAGCCUGAACGUGAACGAGUCUCAUUUCACCUUUCAACAUCAUGAAUGUCCUGUAAGAACGAAUGAAGUCACUUGCGUAUUUUAAAAAAGUUACUUCGUUUUUCAGGUUGCAAGUCAGUUUCUCUGGCUCCUCCCACUCAGGUGUAACUCAACCAGUGAGAUUGUUUCUGCCUCCUGAAGCUGCUCUGCUUUUGACAAAUGUUUGUAGAACUGAAACUCCACUUUGUGAAGGAGGAAGAGGAGAGCGAUGAAGAGGAGGAGGAGGAGGUGUUGGGGUAAGGAGGGAAGGAGGGGGGGAGUGGACAGGACCGCUGCGUUCUGUUUCCAUCCUGCCUCGUCUGUUUGAUGUCUGUUGGAAUGAUCCCCUCGGACUGUCCGAUGUUCCUCCUGUCGUUUCCCACUUCCCCUUUUUAUGUCGCCACCGACCCGCUCCCUGCCCAAAACCCAGAAUCCCUGUCCCGCUCUGACCCUCGUCCAGAGUCGAUGUUUCUUUUUUGUAUUUCUUUUAUAUAUGAAAACACAA